AUGAAGCAUAACAGUGCACAAAACGUAACUACUAUCUUUAAAUCUAUUUUCUCCAGACAUGGCAUUCCGGAGGAGCUCGUGAGUGAUGGGGGACCGCCAUUUGACUUAGAGUGUGUAAAAAGUUUUUGCAUGGAAUGGAACAUAAAUCAUCAGAUCACGUCACCGUACUUUCCUAGGGCCAAUGGACAGGUUGAAAGAGCAAUUCAGACAAUAAAAAAAUCACUGAUAAAAGCAGCACAAGAUGUAAAAGACUUAUAUCCGGUCUUGUUAGACUGCAGAACCCAACCAUCUUCUGAUCUUCCUUCUCCCGCUGAGUUGUUGAUGGGUAGACGACUUAGAUCCCUUUUGCCAUCGCAUCCAGAGAAAAUGCGACCAAACUUCCCAUUAAAGAAAGCACAAGAAUCUUUAAAGAAGCGACAGAAAGCACAAAAUAAAUAUGCAAACAUACAUGGAAAAGAGUUGCCAAUUCUUCAUAAUCAGGCAAAGGUAUGGUUUCGUAAAAUGCCGAAUGAGCCGUGGAAGCAAGGAACUGUCAUUCAAUCCAAUCAUAAUUCUCGGUCUUACGUUAUUAAAGGGAAGGAUGGUGGAGUUUAUCGCAGAAAUAGAUUUUACAUUCGUCCAGACAGAUCAGAACACUAUAGUUCUUCACAAACAAGAUCAGUGGAAGAUUUUUAUCCUUCGACUUUGGCUAAGGGAUCAAAUCGAGAAAUAAAUAAAGAACAUUCAAGCAUGCCAGAAAAAAUAGUUCACAAAACAAAUGUCCAGCAAGCAUCCGCGGAAAACCCGGUAAGAAGAUCGUCAAGAGCUAUUGUCAAGCCUCAGCGAUAUGGAUACACUUGA